CUUCAGUCGCUCAAUACUCUAUAUGAACUCGUCAGUCGCCGCCCAUUCUGUUGGGAAGCAGUACUAGUACUGAGGAGGUACUGCAUACGACCGAUCUGACUGUUACAGUACAAAAAGUGUACUUUUAUAUAUUUCCUAUCGCCUUCCCCUCUUUUCAAACUUUGUCGUGCGGUCUCUCUCCCUCUCCGCCUUUUACCUUCUCCAAUUAUUAUCCCAUAUCGCUCCUAGCGAUCAUACCACCCCUCUGCGAUCUCUUCCUCUCUCUCUCUCUCUUCCAUUUCGACACUGUGCUUCCGGAUUUUCUACCGGCGAAGUUCGCUCUGAGAUCUCGGUCGGAGUAGAGUUUUCAGCUCGGAGACAAUCCUUUUCUCUGGCCAGCCGUCUCGGGAACGCUUCGGCUUUCCGUCCACACGAUUUUCCCCACGGGGUUUUUACUCAACUCGUCCUUGCGCCGCCGCUAUCCUUCGCAACUUUACUCCCGGGCAAGAAAGACGACCCUUUAAUCUAUUCCGUGUCCAUGGCAAAUUUCCUCUGCUUGUUAACCUCUCCGUGAAACCUCAUAUUCGCCUCCAUUCCACCCGGACUCGGGCCAUCAUCGCCCGGUCUGAUGCCCCGGCGUGUUCGGUAACUCUCCGUUCGCCGCAGGUCAACGUCUUGUGCGUUUUGGGCGACCGGGAAGUCAAGGAAGCACGGACGGCCGUGAAUAUUUCAGUACUUCUCGGUUGGACCGACUGAAGAUGACCUUGGCGAUUGGUACAAUCAGUGGUCUAGACCAAGGGCCAAAAGGCAUCCGCAGAGAACGAGAAGUUGAGAUCAUGGAUAACGAUACAAUCACUGUCAAUGGCGCCCCGAAAAAAAGGAAGAGGGUUCGAAAGGUCAACACAGACCGUAAGUUUGAAUGUACACACGAAGGGUGUGGGAAAAGCUAUUCGCGUGCGGAGCAUCUAUACCGGCAUCAACUGAACCAUACUCCUAAGCAAAUAUAUCGAUGCGAUUUCCCUGAUUGCUACCGCUCCUUCGUUCGACAAGACCUCUGCAUUCGACACCGUGAACGUCACACCACCCAGGGCUCUCAACUCCAAAAACGCGAUCAUUUUGCGCAAGCUGCUUCCAACCAGCCUCAGAGCCCACAUCAUGUACCUCACGUCAGCCAAGCGACUGUCGUCACACCUCCAUCCAUCCCUACGCAAAUGCCAAGUGCUCAGUCUAACGGAGUUGUUCCAAUAUCUCCUUCGUCGUCAUCAUCUCCCUCUGUCGGCCUGAACUCCGUAUUUAGCUACCAACAUCAUAUACUACCAUCACAGAAUGAAAACACUUUCCCCCGGUCAAAUAGCUUAAGCACUCAUGGGAAAAGCUCCCCUCCAGUACCGACUAGUUACAGUCCCUCGGAACUACAUAAAACGUCAUAUGGAGCGUUGAGCAACCAUCACCCGACAAGUACUUCCAUCAGUGAAAUCCAUCAUGACGCACAGUCGCAUCCUGGUCAGACAUCCGCCACACAAUCCCAAGGUGCUGAUGGAGCCUACUCAUCACUGCCAACAGAUGCCAAUGGGUCGUCUCUGGCUGAUACUGUACCAUUUACCUCCCAGGCUGGUAUGCAAAUGCCCGUGAAUGGUUACUCAAGUCUUUCUCUGGCCCCCGCAACAACUUCUACACCGGCGACUCUUGACCAAACAGCCAACAUGGGCACUCUUGAUGCGAUGUCGGGAAUGAUAGCUCCCGGCUCGACAGUUGGGGACCCUGGCUUUGAUUCGUUGGCCAACUGUGUCUACCCGAUCUUUGGCAGCGAAUCAUACAAUAGAUCCCCUUUUGCUAUGGCGGAAGAUUUUACGGCAUGGCUUUUUAAUGAACCCGUUCCCGGAUCGUCGUCUAUGAGCUACCCUGCAGCGACCGGCAUGAUGCCGAAUUACAUGGACCCUACGCAACUGCAGAAUCAAUUCUUGUUGGGUGAUCCGGCUUAUGGGACGUUUUUGAGCGGCGUAAUCCCGCCCCACCAUCCCAUGAGCGUUACUAGUAUUCUGGACCCCGGUUCACCCCGCGCCAUUAUAUCGGAGGAAAAGCGGCAGGAACUACUUCAUCUCAUGGCGACCCGCUUUAAUGAAGCCGCCUACUCGGCAGUGGCCAAGCGCAAGGAUGCUCUAAUGGAUGGUGAUAUGGAUGAUGACAACCACGUUUUGAGCUUGCGCAUGAUGCAGACGUACAUUGGAUCGUACUGGUAUCACUUCCAUUCUCAGCUGCCCAUCCUGCAUCGGCCCACCUUUUUCGCCGACCAGGCGCCAAACUUGCUUCUCCUGAUCGUUAUAGCCAUUGGCGCAUCCACGCUAGACAAGAUUCAUGGUCCGGAGUUAACCGAAGCAGCAUCCGAGCUGGCAGACUUCAUUGUGUGGCACCUUAGGUGGGAGCUCUUCAUGGACGCUGAUUUCCGGCCACCUGCCAAACUGUGGGUCUUCCAGGCCCUCUUGCUGCUCGAGGUUUACGAAAAGAUGUACUCUACUCGUGCGUUACAUGAACGAGCUCAUAUUCACCAUGAUACCACUCUGACCCUGAUGCGUCGCGGCAGCUCUUUGAUUGGACGUUCCGCGUUCGAUUCGCCCGCGAGUUUGAGAGACGACCGGCAGGCCCGGUCGGUAUCCUGUUCGACGACGACACAGGACUUCUCUGCGGAUGAAUCGUGGACGCACUGGAUCAAAGCGGAGGCUACCCGGCGAGUGGCGUUCGCCGCAUUCGUUUUGGACUCCACCCAUGCCACCAUGUUCGGCCACUCAGCUAAGAUGGUCGCGCAUGAGCUUCGGCUACCCUUGCCCUGCGAUGAGGCUUUGUGGUCAGCGACAAGUGCUGCCGAAGUGGCGCGUGUGCAGGCUAGCCUCCAUGCUAACGGGGUGAAGCCGGUCAUGUUUCUGGAUGGCCUCAAACGGACACUUAAUGGGCAACGAGUCCGGACUAAUGCCUUCGGAAGGACUAUUCUCAUGGCGGGUCUCCUCAGCGUCAGUUGGCAUAUGAACCAGCGAGAUCUCCAAGUCAGUUCUUUGGGAGUUCCUCAGGCACUGGGUGGUCGAGAUAAAUGGCGAGCUGCGCUACUGCGGGCCUUUGAUAAUUGGCGACGAGAUUUCGACGAAGCGUUGGGACAAGCUGGGACACCGCCACCUUUCCCGGGGUAUCGGGUUCAGCAUCCACUCGAUGAUGACAACGUCUUUGAAUCCCGCGACGUGCUGCACGGCCUUGCUCACAUGGCGUCGCACGUCGACAUCGUCGACUGCCAAAUCCUCGGCGGUGCCACCCGACUCAUGGGAAGGGCUAUUACUGCCAGGGACUACAAUGCCGCGCGUGAGAAGAUGACCGAGCGAUGGGCUACAAAGGCGUCAGCGCGAGACGCGACUUUCUACGCCCUCAAGUUUCUCUCCGAGUGUUUGCUGAGCGGCGAGUCGGAGGAAGGGGAGCUUUACUCAGGACGGGAUGACUAUCUUCUGAACCGACCAUGGGUGAUUUACGUUGCGGCAUUGGUUGUCUGGUGCUAUGGAUACGCUCUGGAGGGCCCGAUUCGCUCUCCGCCGAAGCUAGCCACGGUGGCGGAGCAGCGCCGUGAUAUGCAAGAGUAUCUCCGACGGGUGGGAGGUGUGCGUUCACCUAACGACCUGGAAGCAAUGGAGGGCCGUAACCAGUGUCUGGGGAUGUUGAUGAUUCUGCGGGAUGGGUUUGUCAACACGCGAUGGGAGCUGUUGGCGGAGGCGGCCAAGUUGUUGAGCAGUUGUAUUGAGAAGUUGAAGGGCCGAUAAGCAUUGGUACAUUUCCCGGGGUUUCUUAUACAUAUUCGACUCUUUCCUGUGUACGUACGGGCUUCAAGGGGGUGUUUUGUUCUGUCUUUGGGAGCUGGUUGAUAUCCUUCUCAAUUUGUGUUAUGUACAUAUACUUCUUUUUUUU